GUGAAAUGAACUCCCAUUCUAUAUUCUGGCAUAACAGAUAAAAUGAAGAAGACAUGAAGUAAACUCUAAGAAGCAGAAGCUUCAGGAACAGUUUUGUGACUGGAAAAUUCAAGGAUAUCAUAUGUUCCAGUUCAAUCUCAUCUCUUUUAAGGAGCUAGGGUUUUAAUGGGAGAACCAUGUCAUUAGACUUUGGCAGUGUAGCACUGCAGACACAAAAUGAAGAUGAAGAAUAUGACAAGGAAGAUUAUGAAAGGGAGAAAGAGUUGCAGCAGUUACUCACAGACCUUCCUCAUGAUAUGCUGGAUGAUGACCUGUCCUCCCCUGAGCUCCACUAUUCGGACUGCAGCGAGGACAGCACAGAGGGAGAACCGCAUCAUUCAGAGCAUUUGGAAAUGAACUGGAAUGAGCAUCAAGUGCUGCCCAAAUCUCAAAAUGUAAAUGAGUACAGUGAGAUUCAGGGUUUAUAUGUUGGAAAUAAAAGUGGCAAUGACUGGGAAGAGAAUCAAGGUAAAACUGAAGACCAGCAUGCUGGAUACCAUCCUGAAGAAGUUGGAGAUGAAGGUGGAAGUGGCUAUAGUCCUCCUAGCAAAUAUGAACAGACUGAUUUAUACCACCUUCCUGAAAACUUUAGGCCAUAUACCAAUGGCCAGAAGCAAGAAUUUAAUAGCCAACCAAGCAAUGUAAUUCAGUUUUCAGAUACCCAGAGGAAUCAUUUUCAGCCAUUUGGUACAUCACAAGGUCCCAGUUGUCAAGCUUUGGAACCAUAUAAAGUGACAUAUAAACCUUAUCAGUCUUCUGUCCAGAAUAAUGGCUCACCAACCCAAGAAGUCGCAGGAAGCGAAACAUUUGAAGACCUGCAGCAACAAUUUUUAGGAGUUAAUGAAACAGAUUCUUCGGAAAAUAUGCAGAUUAUUCAGCUUAAGGUUCUUAACAAAGCAAAAGAGAGACAACUAGACAAUUUAGUUGAAAAGUUAAACGAACGUGAGCGUCAAAUAAGAUAUCUAAAUCACCAACUUCUGAUGAUCAAAGAUGAAAAGGAUGGUUUGACCCUUAGCCUCCAAGAAUCACAGAAACUCUUUCAGAAUGGAAAAGAAAGAGAGAUACAGCUUGAAGCACAAAUAAAAGCACUGGAGACCCAAAUACAAGCAUUAAAAGUCAAUGAAGAACAGAUGAUUAAGAAGUGCAGGACAACUGAAGUGGCUCUGGAAAGCGUGAAGCAACAGCUGCUGGAUCUUCAUCAUUCUGAAUCACUUCAGCGUGCCAGAGAACAGCAUCAGAGCAUUGUCACAGGCCUCACCAAGAAGUAUGAAGAGCAAGUGUUGUCCUUACAAAAGAACUUGGAUGGUACAGUCACUGCACUUAAGGAACAGGAAGAUGUUUGCUGUCGUUUGAAAGAUCAAGUGAAACAACUGGAAAGGAAUCAAGAAGCAACCAAAUUAGAGAAGACUGAGAUCAUUAACAGGCUAACUAGAAGCCUAGAGGAGAGUCAAAAGCAGUGUGCCAAUUUAUUGCACUCAGGCUCAGUACAGGAGGUGGCUCAGCUACGGCUCCAGCUGCAGCAAGCACAAAAAGCACAUGCUAUGAGCGAAAGCAUGAACAAGGCUCUGCAGGAAGAAUUGACAGAACUAAAAAAUGAAAUUUCUCUCUAUGAAUCUGCAACGAAACUAGGAGUACUCCCAAAUGACUCAGAAGGAGAAUUAAAUGUAGAACUCAGUGAAUCAUAUGUGGAUUUGGGUAUUAAAAAAGUCAGCUGGAAAAAACCCAAAAUUAAAAGCAUGGUACAGCAAGAAGACCCAAAUGAAGAGCUCUCCAAAGACGAGGUCAUUGUGAAGCUGAAAGCAGAAGUGCACCGUUUGCUGGGUAGCAACUCCGUGAAGCGUCAUCUGGUGUCUCAGUUACAGAAUGAUCUCAAAGACUGUCAGAAGAAAAUUGAAGAUCUCCGACAAGUGAAGGAGGGAAAAAGUGUCGAAGUUGAGACUGAAACAAAUAUCUCAGAAAAAUCAACUAAUCAAUUGUGGCCUGACUCUUCUACUUCUGACAUGAUGGUCAAAGACAAUAUUCUGCAACUGAAAAAUGAAAUUCAAGUUUUACAACAACAUAAUCAGGAGCUUAAAGAAACUGAAGAAAAACUGAGAAAUAAAAAUCAACACUUAUGUAACCAAAUGAGACAGAUGGUACAAGAUUUUGACCGUGAUAAACAAGAAGCUGUAGAGAGGUGUGAGAGGACUUACCAGCAGCAUCAUGAAGCUAUGAAAGCUCAAAUACGUGAAAGCCUGUUAGCAAAACAUGCUUUGGAGAAGCAGCAGCUCUUUGAGGCUUAUGAGGGGACUCGCUUGCAACUUAGGUCUGACUUAGACAAGAUGAAUAAGGAGAUGACUGCUGUGCAGGAAUGUUACCUAGAAGUGUGCAGAGAGAAGGAUAAUCUCGAAUUGACUCUCAGGAAGACCUUUGAAAAGGAGCAACAGACUCAGGAGCAGAAGAUCAAACGAGAACUUAUCCAACAGCUUGAAAAGGAGUGGCAGAGUAAGCUGGAUCAGACUAUAAAGGCAAUGAGAAAGAAAACCUCAGAUUGUUGCAGCCAAACUGACCAAGUAGCCACCAUUGAUGCUACUUCCAAGAAAGAGAUGGCAAUCACAGUAGAAGAGCAGAAACGAAAGAUCCAGCAAGAUUUAGAGCAAGAGAAGGAAAUAGCAAUCAAGGAGAGCUUGAAGGAACUUGAGCUUGAAUUGGAACUCAAACAUUGUGCCAAUAUUGCCAACCAGGUAGAAAUAGCUGUGCAGAAUGCUCGUCAUCGCUGGCUGGAGGAAUUGCCUGAGCUCGCAGAAUAUAGAGCACGCGUAAGAGAGGAACAGAAGAAGUGGGAAGAACAGCAAGAGAUCUCUGUAGCCAAAAGGAUAUCAUUUGCUGUCUCUGAAGCUAAAGAAAAGUGGAAAAGUGAACUUGAACAUAUGAAGACUGUAAUACCUGCGAAGGAAUUGGAAGAGAAGGUUAAUUCUCUUGAGAGAGAGCUUGAAUUAAAGAAUGAGGAAACCCCCGUGGUCAUCAGGGCCGAGUUGGCCAAGGCCCGGAGUGAGUGGAACAAAGAAAAGCAAGAAGAAAUCCACAAAAUUCAAGAACAAAAUGAGCAAGAUUACCGGCAAUUUUUAGAUGAUCAUAGAAAUAAAAUUAAUGAGGUGCUUGCGGCAGCUAAAGAAGACUUUAUGAAACAGAAAACUGAACUACUUCUUCAGAAGGAGACAGAAUUGCAAACAUGUCUAGACCAGAGUCGUAGAGAAUGGGCUAUGCAGGAAGCCAGGAGGAUCCAACUGGAAAUCUAUCAAUAUGAGGAAGAUAUCCUAACAGUACUGGAAUUUCUGUUAAAGGAUACUCAAAAGGAGCAUGUCAGUGGCUCAGCCGACAAGCAACUUUUGGAAGUUGUGUCGACUUGUUCUUCCAAAUGGGUGUCUGUGAAAUAUUUUGAAAAACUAAAGGUGUGCAUAAAGAAAACAUUUCAAGAUAUUCUCUCCCUUCUUAAAGAAAAUGCCAACCCAGAAUGGGAAAAGAAAAAUAUGAUCAAGAUCUCUGAGGAUCCUGCCCCCUGGGUCACUAGCAGAGAAGACGCUGGAGUCACAGUAACCUUUCCUGUGUCCACUUCUGAACACCAUACUCAGCCCUUGGCCUCGCCAGAAACAGAAGCAGAAGCUGAUAAGAAAAAGAUCCUUGAAAUUAAAGAUUCAUGCUGUGGACACUGCUUCCAAGAACUUGAAAAGGCAAAGCAGGAAUGUCAAGAUCUGAAAAGAAAACUGGAAAAAUGCUGCAGGCAUUUUCAGCAUUUAGAAAGGAAACACAAAGCUGUAGUGGAAAAAAUUGGAGAAGAGAAUAAUAAAGUUGUUGAGGAUUUAAUAGAAGAAAAUAACGACAUGAAGAAUAAAUUGGAAGAACUGAGAACACUUUGUAAAACACCGCCAAGGUCAUUGUCAGAAGGGGCCAUUGAAAAUGCUUAUCUGCCUUGCCAUGGGGGAGCCUUGGAAGAACUUCGAGGGCAGUACAUUAAAGCUGUGAAAAAAAUUAAGCGUGACAUGCUUCGUUAUAUUCAGGAAAGUAAGGAAAGAGCUGCGGAAAUGGUAAAAGAAGAGGUAUUGCGAGAACGUCAAGAAACUGCCCGAAGGAUGCGCAAAUAUUAUUUGACUUGUCUCCAACAGAUUUUGCAGGAUAAUGGAGAACCAGAAGGGGCUGAGAAAAAGAUUAUGAAUGCUGCUAGCAAACUUGCUACAAUGGCAAAAUUGCUGGAAACACCUACUUCUAAUAAACCCCAGAGCAAAACUACACAGUCAGUAGCACUGCCUCUGACUUCCGAGAUGCUGGUUGGAGUUGAAAAAUCGAAAAGAGAUGAUGUGAAUCAGAGUAUACCAUAUCACAGUGAAAGCAAACCAAACAGUGUAAAAACUGCCCCCGGGAGUACAUGCAACCUAGUCCCUAAGAAGAGAGCUGCUUGUAACUUGCGAACGAGGUUGGAGGACACACAGCAUGGAGACGUAAAGCAUGUGGGUUCCAGGUCACAUUCUGACUUUCAGUUCGGGGAUACCGGUUGCAAACACUUAGACAUUUUGCCAAGGAAUAUUUCUCCUGAGUUUGUUCCUUGCGAAGCCGAAAGAGGCUUUGGUUUGCGCAAGAAGGACGGCCUCCUCUGUGACACAGGUUCUGAAUCACUUCUGCAUUCCACCACCUACCCCUCUCUUGGGUCCUGUGGAAGUAAACCCUCAUCUAGAUAUACCCCGACUCUCUCUGAAUCUGGAUCCAUGCAUAUAACCUUUCGAAGUCCUGAUGAAAGACUUGGUUUAAAAGUAUAUAAGUGUAACCCACUAAAGGAAAGGGAAAAUGCUGUAUCUGAGAAAAGUGAAACUUGGGGUGUUGAGGAACCUCCAGUAAAGGAAGGAGGGGACCUUAGUGAUUCUGUGGACUGGCAUUCCAGCAGCGCCACUCUGCCCUGCAUCAAUCCAGAAGUGCCAUUUUUACAUGGUAGGCCACGGGGGACUCUGGAUACGCUAAGUGAAUUGCUCAAUCUCAAGCAGUUUCCAGCAACCAGUUGUCAUUCAGAUACAGAAAAAAAUGGGGUUUAUCAACCAAUGAACUGUCAGAAUGGUCAUGCCCCAGACCUGUCCGAAGAAAGCAUGUAUUCCCAGGCAGGGAAGAUCACCAUGACUCUUGGACACCCAUCGUAUCCUAAGUCAGUACCAGCUUCAGUGCGCCAGCAGUCUCUGAGAAAAUUAAUUGCUCUGCAGUCUAAUCAACAAGAUAGUGGCUUUGAUAGUCCUCUUGUCAAUCUAGACUAAUUGCUGUACAGUAUUUAAGAAGAAUCGUUAAUAUAUUAAAGAAAACCAGAAGGGAAGAUUUCAUACUGAAGAAGUUGUGGCCUUUGCCUAGCUUGAGAUGUUCUAAUAGCAUCUAUAUGAGUAAAAUAUUCUCAUAAAAUUACUUGAGCUAUUAAUAUUGCCUUAAUAUCCUAAAGGCCCAAUGGUGUGUGUGUAAUCUGUUUCUGUGUGGUGCUUGUAUUGGUUGCUAAAUUAUUUUUAUACUUACAAAUCAGCUUUCUGUGCAGUGUUAAAUUAUUUAAAUAAACUUGCUUAUGGUCUGUAGAAUUGCUAUGAAUUAUUUUGUAAUUCAUAAUAUAGAAAUGUGUUGACAUGCUUAAAAUUCAUCCAGAAAAACUUAAGUAUUGAUAAUCUGUGUGUAUAGUCACACAAACUCAAUUUUUGAAAUUAGCUAUGUUUAAUGAGGAAUUUCCAGGAAAAGUAAGACAUACUGGAUAAACACUUUUCCUGGAAAUAACUGCUUAAAUUUUGCUUUUAGUUAGUGGAAAAGAGAUUUUUGCACAGAUUCUGUCAAAAUACAUAGCUGUGUCUCCUGGUUUCAUUAUUUAAAAUAUUAGUCUGAAUCUUUAGGUAACAUUUGCAUUAUUUCAAAUCUCCUUUGACAUCC